AUGCCCGAAGCGAAUCAGCCUGCAGAACCCAAUCUGCGAGUCACGAUCAUCGCGGCCGACGGGCUCUACAAAAGAGAUGUCUUCAGAUUUCCCGACCCUUUCGCCGUCGCGACCAUCUCAGGAGAACAGACCAAAACAACCUCCGUCAUCAGGAAGACAUUGAACCCUUAUUGGAACGAGUCCUUUGACAUGCGAGUUACAGAAGAUAGCAUAUUGGCCAUUCAGAUUUUCGACCAGAAGAAAUUCAAGAAGAAGGACCAGGGCUUCCUCGGAGUUAUCAAUAUCCGCAUUGGCGAUGUUAUUGAUUUGGACGUGGGCGGAGAUGAGAUGCUUACUCGGGAUCUUAAGAAGUCCACCGACAACCUUGUCGUUCACGGAAAAUUGAUCGUGAACCUAUCCACCAAUCUCUCUGCGCCCCCUCCAAACCAGCAAACUCGACCUGCCCCGAGUACCGCACCGAGUGUCAACGGCUCACAGCCUUACUCUAGCAGCACCGCUGUGAACCAGACCCUCCCUGUCCGAUCCAGGAGUCCGGCCCCGUCACGCACGGCCACGUCGGCCUCAGGAGACGCUAGAGUGUCCAGCAGCGCCGUGAACGGCUCUGCCACACAGACACCAUCCAAUGGCCCUGGCAGGUCAGGAGGGUUUAGCUCCUUCGAGGAUAGCCAAGGACGGUUGCCAGCUGGAUGGGAACGCCGAGAAGACAAUCUAGGUAGAACCUAUUACGUUGACCACAAUACUAGGACAACGACCUGGACAAGGCCGUCGAAUCACACGAGCGAGAGUGAGACUCGCACUCGUCUCGAAGCGAACAUGCAGAUUGAACGUCAACGACAUCAAAAUCGGAUGUUGCCUGAAGACCGCACUGGCACGAGCUCGCCAGCGUUGCAAGACUCUCGGGGAGGGUCUCCUUCUCAACAUAACGCGGUGUCAAUGAUGGCUACCGGGGCCACUACUCCGGGUACCGGAGAACUUCCGGCCGGUUGGGAAAUGAGACAUACCCCAGAGGGUCGAGCUUACUUUGUCGACCACAAUACCCGAACUACGACUUGGGUCGAUCCGAGAAGACAGCAGUAUAUCCGUAUGUAUGGGAACAACCCAUCGGGCAACAACACCACCAUCCAACAACAGCCCGUGUCGCAGUUGGGACCAUUGCCUAGUGGUUGGGAAAUGCGACUCACCAAUACAGCCCGUGUUUACUUUGUCGACCACAACACCAAGACAACGACCUGGGAUGAUCCACGGCUGCCCUCUUCCUUGGACCAGGGCGUUCCACAGUACAAGCGUGAUUUUAGGCGCAAACUUAUCUAUUUCCGGUCACAACCUGCUCUGCGCAUUCUGUCUGGGCAAUGCCACAUCAAAGUCCGACGGGGUGCCAUCUUCGAGGAUUCGUAUGCCGAAAUUAUGCGGCAGAGCGCGACUGACUUGAAGAAACGUUUGAUGAUCAAGUUUGACGGCGAAGAUGGUCUGGAUUACGGUGGUCUUUCUCGGGAGUUCUUUUUCCUGUUGUCGCACGAAAUGUUCAAUCCGUUCUACUGCCUUUUCGAAUACUCGGCGCACGAUAACUAUACUCUUCAAAUCAAUCCUCAUUCUGGUAUCAACCCAGAGCAUCUCAACUACUUCAAAUUCAUUGGUCGGGUUGUCGGACUGGCAAUUUUCCACCGCCGGUUCUUGGAUUCCUUCUUCAUUGGCGCCUUCUACAAGAUGAUGCUUCGGAAGAAAGUAACCAUUAACGACAUGGAGGGCGUUGAUGAGGAAUAUCACAAGAAUUUGACUUGGUGCUUAGAGAACGACAUUACCGACGUCCUUGAUCAGACCUUUUCUAUCGAAGACGAGCAAUUUGGGGAGACGAAGACAAUUGACCUGAAGCCUGAUGGUCGUAACAUUCCGGUCACAAAUGAGAACAAGAGAGAAUAUGUCGAGCUUGUGACCGAAUGGAAGAUUGUAAAGCGAGUGGAAGAGCAAUUCAACGCAUUCAUCACCGGAUUCAACGAACUCAUUCCUCAAGAUCUCGUCAAUGUCUUUGACGAGCGUGAGCUGGAGCUUUUGAUCGGCGGCAUCGCUGACAUUGACGUUGACGACUGGAAGAAGCACACCGAUUACCGUGGCUACCAGGAGUCGGAUGAGGUGAUUCAGAACUUCUGGAAAAUCGUCCGAACCUGGGAUGCAGAACAGAAGAGUCGUCUGCUGCAGUUUGCAACCGGCACGAGCAGGAUCCCUGUCAACGGGUUCAAGGAUCUACAAGGAAGUGAUGGCCCAAGGAGAUUCACCAUCGAAAAGGCGGGCGAAAUCAACGCUUUGCCGAAGAGUCACACGUGUUUCAACCGACUCGACCUUCCCCCUUACAAGUCUCACGAAGUUCUCCAGCAAAAACUUACGAUUGCCGUGGAAGAAACACUGGGGUUCGGCCAAGAAUAG